AUGACCAAUGCCAGUUCUUCCACAACACGAACAACAAGUGCAAGCUACAGACAGCAAAAAUUGAAAAGUAAACAAAUAGAUAAUCAACUGUACGGAAAUUUAUCAGCACAACUUGUCUCCACCAACAACAAUCAGCUCCAACUUGAACAAUUACAAAAAACAACGAGACCUCUUCGAAUAUUAUUGAUGGGACCAAGAAAUUGCGGAAUUAAAACCUUUCUAAUGAAUGCUCUUGAUAUGGAAGCUGAUGAUUUCAUGAUUCGAACCAUGUUAUCAAUGUCUCAUAGAGUGAAUCAAAUUUCGAAUAGUAAUCUUGCUGGACUUGAUGAUACAGAACUUACACGUCCAUUGACUUUUCAACAAAAGGCAGAGGGUCUCUUUUCAGAGAAGAAUAGAAAUCUGACGCUCAAUGUGUACAUGUAUAUUUGUAGAGGAAUCAAAGUUUUUGUAAAAUGGGAAUGGAAAUAUUUUGAAAGAUUGAAGAGGAAAAUUCAUGAAAAUUAUGAACAUCAUCAUUAUCAUGAGGAACAUUUUGAUUUGGUUUAUAAUUGGGAAGGUGACGAAGAUGGUAAAUUAUUGGAUGAGUUGAUAAAUGAUUGUCGAGAGCAGAAACAAUUGAAUUCCAAAAUUAUUUCAAUUUAUUCCAAAAUUGUGAAUUAUGGAAAAAAGGAAGUAAUGAACGAAUUUUACAAUUCAUUAUUAAGAUCGACAAAUAUUAGAUAUUUGGAUAAUAUUCAAUAG